AGUGGGAAAGACCUCCCCACGCUCAGCCCCCCAUCUGCACACCCUAGACUUGGAAGCAGCUGGCAGCCACUGGCCUGGGCAGGGUCUCUGUUCGUGUCAAAGGUAAGGGCGGCAGAUGCUGGGCCCAGGGAGCUUUGUGCACCAACUGCGCCAGCAAGGCCUCCAGGGACCGACUUGCCCACAGCUGGACUUGAUCACCAGCUCGCAAACUGAGGUCACGCACUGUGCGGAGUAAGGAGCAACUUUGUUCUCCGGCUGUGGGAAACAUUGCUGUUUAAAGAUUUACCACAACAGCGGAUAGGAAACAGAAGACCCUUCAAACACCAAAGCCUAAGAAAUUUUACUUCUGGGGAGUGUGCAGGAUGACGGUGGCCCUUCCAGAAACUUCUGCUGUGCUGGUAAUGUUCCUCCUAGCAUUUCUGCCCCCACCACGACACGCACAGGACCCAGCUAUGGUGCAUUACAUCUAUCAGCGCUUUCAAGUCUUGGAGCAAGGGCUGGUAAAAUGUACUCAAGCGACGAGGGCAUACAUUGAAGACUUCCGAGAAUUCUCCAGAAACAUAUCCGUUUUGUUGGGAAGAUGCCAGACCCACACGAGUGAAUACAAGAGUGCUGUUCAUAACCUGGCUCUGAGGGUGGAGCGUGCCCAGCGGGAGAUCGACUACCUGGAGUACCUGCGGGCAGCUGACUUGUGCGUGGAGCCGGAGGAGAAGACGCUGGCAGAAACGAUGCUCCAAGAGGCUGAGGAAGACAAAAAGAUCCGAGCUCUGCUGAACGCAAGCUGUGACAAUAUGUUGAUGGGCAUAAAGUCUCUGAAAAUAGUGAAGAAGACUAUGGACCCAGAGGGCUCUUGGAUGAAAGACACAGGCAGCAACUCAGCAAAAGUAUAUUUCUUCAUUGGAUCCAGAAACAACACUGUUUGGGAAUUUGUAAACAUGCGCGCAUUCAUGGAAGACAGCACGAAGCCAGCCCCCCGGAAGCUAAUGCUACCACUUUCCUGGCAGGGAUCAGGCCAGGUAAUCUACAAAGGUUUUCUGUUCUUUCAUAACCAAGGGACUGCUAAUGAGAUCAUCAAAUACAACCUGCAGAAGAAGACCGUGGAAGAUCGAAUGUUGCUCCCAGGAGGGGCGGGCCGGGCACCUGUCUAUGCACACUCCCCAUCCACUUACAUUGACCUGGCUGUGGAUGAGCAUGGGCUCUGGGCCAUCCACUCGGGGCCAGGCAUCCAAGGCUAUUUGGUUCUCACAAAAAUCGAUCCGGGGACGCUGGGGGUGGAACAUGCGUGGGACACGCCGUGCAGAAGCCGGGAUGCUGAAGCCGCGUUCCUCUUGUGUGGGGUUCUCUACGUGGUCUACAAUUCUGGCGGCCAGGGCCCUCAUCGCGUCACUUGUGUCUACGACCCACUUGGCACCAUCAGGGAUGAAGACCUACCCAACUUGUUUUUUCCCAGGCGGCCACGAAGCCACUCUAUGAUCCAUUACAACUCCAGAGAUAAGCAGCUCUAUGCCUGGAAUGAAGGAAACCAGAUUAUUUACAAACUCCAGACAAGGAGAAGGCUACCCCAGCAGUGAUGCGCUGCAGUGAGAAGGCCGCACAAGUUGCCUUCGGCGGUGGCCGUGCAGGAUGCCAAGGCUUCAACCUGCCGGAUAAAUACGGGAAUCGGGACUAGAUUUGGGAAUACAUUUUCAUCCUUUCCUAAAUGUCACCACCUUCCGUAUCUUUCAAGAGCUGUCAUUUAGGAAUUUUGCCUAACAUCCAUUCCUCAUACAAACCUAAUGGUGCUUGAAGCCCCUCACAUUCUGAUCUAGCUUACAGACUUCUAGUCUUUUCUUUUGUCUUUCAGAAUUUGCUUGGACUC